GACGAGGGAGGUAGAGCGUUGUUUGCAACUUGUGGGGUUUUUUUUUUGCUUGCCUGUUUGCUUUUCCUAUCUCCCAACAGGACACCGAGCCGGGAGGGCUGCUGCUGGGGCUGAGGUUUUAUUUCCGGGGGACGGAGCGGGCCGCUGAGAUCACCACGAUCUAAAUAAUCCCUGAGGCAUGUCUGUCCGCGGCACACCAUCUACCAUGGUACCCUCAUCCGGCUCCUAUUUUCUAUAGGGCCCGGCCCAACUUGUCCCCCCUUUCUCUCUCCUCCUUCCUCCCACCCCCACCACUAAAACCCAAACCCUUUUUCUCUUUUUAUUAUGUCUCCUUGCCCUGGUCCUUCUUCUCUCUCUUCCCAAGCCUAUGCUCCCCCCUGUGCUUGCUAUAAUGUGAUGGGGGAGAUUGCCAACUUGUUUUGGGGUUUUUGGUUCCAAGAGAAAGAAGCGGGUCCGGUUCUCUGAUUGGGCUAUUGGUGGCUUUGCAGGAGGAGGAGGGUUGAGGCCUUGAGGGGUAAGCAGUGACCCAGCCGAGGUGGUGGAGCUGGUGAUGGAAUUCUGGGAGUUGGAUGGCCAAGCCUUUUGGAAGCGGAGGCAAGAGGAGCACCACCACAUACUACUUCCAAAACAGCAGCAGGAGAGGAAAGAGAAGCGGCAAGAGGGAACAGAGAGAAAGGAAUCCAACUAGCGGCAACGACAAAGCUGGACGGAAGACAGAAGAGGGCGGCCAAGGAUCUGGAUCCUCGGAGGACUCCGUACCAUCCAAUUCCGAACCCAAGAGAAAGCGAAAGAGAAGAAAGAAGAGAGCAACCCCAAGAAGAAGAACAGCAACUCCAAGGCUUCCAGCUUCAUCCCCUCCAGCACCACCCACACCCACCACCCGGGGGUCGCUCCUGUUUCCCUUCCCCUUCCUCCUCCUCCUCCUCGCCUGCCACGGCUUCCUCCUCCGACUAUGCCCUUCUCUCCGACCGGAUGGCCGAGGCCCACGGCCACGGCCACGGCCACGGCCACCUUUCCCUCCACCACGGCCACGAGCAGCAGCACCAGCGGCCGAGAUUCGGUGCAGGGCUGAGGGGCGCCGGUGAGAUCGUGGAGGUCCAGGGGGGCCACAUUGUGCGCUCCACCGGGCGCAAGGACCGCCACAGCAAAGUGUGCACUGCCAAGGGCACCCGAGACCGCCGCGUCCGCCUCUCCGCCCACACCGCCAUCCAGUUCUACGACGUCCAGGACCGCCUCGGCUACGACCGCCCUAGCAAGGCCGUCGACUGGCUCAUCAAGAACGCCAAGGCCGCCAUCGACGAGCUUGCCGAGCUUCCCGCCUGGCACCCGAGCUCCACCUCCGCCGCCUCCGCCUCCAACCCUCCUCCCGCCUCCAAUCCUCAGGAAACCCAGGCUGCCGUCGCUGCCAACCAGCCCGUCGGAGAUUCUAGCAAGAAAACGAUUCCAGUUGCGCAACCGGUUGCUUCUGCCGCCUUCAGCUUCGGCGGUGGCAGUGGAGGUGGCAGCGGCAGUGCUAGUUUUCUCCCGCCGUCGCUCGAUUCCGAUGCUAUCGCCGACACCAUCAAAUCCUUCUUUCCAAUGGGUGCCGCCGCCGCCGCCGCCGCAACCGCAACCGCGCCCCCUUCGAGCCCUCCGAUCGGCUUUCAGAAUUACCCGCCGGACCUCUUGUCGCGCACUAGCAGCCAGGACCUCCGCCUCUCCCUCCAAUCCUUCCGAGACCCAAUCUUUCACAACCCCAGCACCAGCCACCACCACCAGCGCCACCAUCCCCGAAGCCAACAUCACCACCAGAACCCCGCUCCUUCCGCCCAGCAGGCCAUUUUCUCCGGCUCCGCCCAUUUGGCCUUCGACACGGCCUCCGCCGGCUGGUCCGAGCAGAGCCACAGGAUGUUUCCGUGGAAUGUGGCGGAGGCGGGAGGCAGCGGCGGGGGAUACGUGUUCCAUGUGCCGCCGCCGCAGGCUGUGCCGCUGCACCCGGUGCUCGGCCAAAGCCAGUUUUUUACUCAGAGGGGACCCCUUCAGUCCAGUAACUCGCCCGCCAUUCGUGCUUGGGCGGAUCCCAUUGCUUCGGCAACCGACCAGCAGAUGCACCCUGCGAUCCAUCCCUCGAUUUCGUCUAUUGGAUUCGCAUCCGGUGCUGGCUUCUCGGGGUUUCGCAUUCCGGCACGGAUACAGGGUGAAGAGGAGCAUGACGGCAUCUCCGACAAGCCGCCGUCUGCUUCCUCUGCUUCUCACCAUUGAUGAAGCGGAAGAUGAGAACUGACAACAACCAAUAUCCACCUGCCCUGGAUUGCUUGGCUUUUGUCGAGGUAGGUGAUGUGAAGGAAGCAACACUUCUGAUGCUAUGCAUGAGGUCAUUUCACUUGAUUCUCUGGUUGGUCGGUUCCUCUCUUCUCUCUUUCUCUUGGUUUUCUUCAAAUGGGCUCUAGUAGCUCUUUCUUUGUUUGCCAUGGUUAGUCUUGGUUCUGUUGUAGUCGUAGUACUUUGUUGAAUUUGCUUCAUGCUGCUGCUGUUGUUGUUAUUGCUACUGCUGCUGUGUUGUGAUGUUUUACCCUUUUGGCUGUCAUCAAAAGGGAGAGGUCUCUGGAUUAUGGUCACCUGGAAAUAGCUCCAGAGAGUGGUUCUGUUUUGAGUUGUGGAGAAGAAUAAAAGGAGGUGUUCCACAGAUGACUGAGCAAUUGAGUGGAGCAAAAACUGCUAAGCUUUUGACAUGGAAGCCAUAUGCUGCUUUCACUUUGAUUGGAAAUGAAUGGUCCUUUUCGCA